AUGGAAGAAGCCACCCCGGAGAAUGGUUCCGAUCCAGAGCAAGAGCAAGAGCCUGGUCAUGAAAAAAGGCGUAUCGAGUUUGUGAGUGUUUCUGACCCUAGCUCGGCUGGGUAUCGCAGCGAACUGACACCAAAAAUCAACACGCUGGCCGCAGCUUCACCGCAGUGUCAUGGGUCAGAUCGCAUUCGCUUGCAACCGAAGGAACAACGCCAUGCAGCAUCGCAACGGUCUCAUGACUCUCGCAUGUGGAGCGAACGACCGAUUGACAACAUUUCUGUACGAUUGCGGCUUGACGACAUCUCGCUGCAGUGGGCGACUCUCCAAGCAGCUGCGAGCGGCGAAUUCGACGAAACUGAAGGAGAUUGGCUCGAACAAGUACUUCCAUGUGACCGUUGACAACAUUGACGUCACACAUCACGUCAACGAUCAGCAAUUGGAUCGACGAACCGAGCUGCUUCAUCGAACUUUUGGUUACGCCCACAUUCAGAACGGAGAUAUUGCCGGCGCUUACAACCUUCGAGCCUACUCUGCACAUCAAGCGUCUUUACCGCGAGUCAAUCUCCAGCAUCUCCUCCCAAUCCCCCAAUCCGACUCGUCAUCUACAACCGGGAUAAAAGCUCAGAUAUAUCGAGCGCUUGCUCGACUGGUCCCUCAUCUUGGCCUCAGUCUUCGCGAUCCUUGA